AUGAUGCACUGUACACAAAGCCCCUUUGAUCCUUAUCACUAUUCCGUGGACCGUGAUGAAGACGGCGAUGAUGAUGGUGAUGAUAAUGAGGGUCAUGAUUAUUCUAGAUCCUUUUUUGAGCCUUGCUUUCCUGAUGAUGGACGUGAAUACCAACGAGGGAUUCAGCUAUUGGACCAUCCUCAAUUUUUGCUUCUCCAUAUCCCAGACAAUGGAACAAAAAUGAAACUUGUUAAGCCUGCUAAUGAUCCCUAUCAUCGGAACCGUAUCAUGGAAAGGGUAAAAAUUGAAAAGACAUUCGUACGCAAGAGGUUGUUGCUACCGUACUACGCAUUGUCCCAUCUUUGGGGUGUCUCAAAGACCCACUUACACCUGUGGCACGCGAUCGGCGAUCUUGUGGAUGAUGAAAAAGGACAACCUGCGGCACCUGUUUCCAUGCGACCUGAGAAAAGAGAAACACUGCUCAAGCUACUUGCAGCAUACCCUGACAGCUAUUGGUGGAUUGAUGUCUUGUGUGCACGUACGGAUACACCAUUGGCUAUUAUGGGUGAUAUUUACGCGUGCUGCCAGCAAUGCAUUGCCAUGAUUGAUUGUGAUCCUGAUCUCAUACCACAAAUCCAUGCCAUCUCACGUGAUCGAUUACAAAACGAAAAGAGCAUCAUGUUUUCUGGAGCAGAUCAUUACCUUGACUAUUGUUCUCUGAAGGCUAAUAUUUUGGGCAAGGUCAUGCAAUGUCAAUGGUGGAAGCGCGUUUGGACAUGGCAAGAGAUCGUGUUACCUAAAAAUGUGAUGGUGAUAGCAGAAACAGCGGUGGAUAUCUUUGAUAGCAAUACCAUCGACGCACAAGAUCUCAUUGGUUUCGGCAUGGGUGAUGUGAUCCACGUCUCCAAAUUUUGCCAUGGUGCUGCACAAAGCAUGGCAAAGAUGACCAUCACUUGUGUAGAAGAGAUCUCGACGUGUCGACAACUCAACUCGCAUCGUGUCUCAUUGCCAUCGGAUUCGUGGAUAUGGCCCGAGUUGUUUGAUACCUUUGGAAAAUCUUCAAGGCAAUGCAUGGAUCCAGUUGAUUAUGUCUUUGGUAUGUUCGGCAUGUGCCCAUUGGAUAUCCCAAGGAUGGCCGACCCCAACGCUGUCUGGCAGCUGUUUUUGGCCAAGCUUGAAGACUUGCUCGCCAAUGAUGAUAGCCCAAGAACGAGGAUAAGUGAUCGUGCGCGCCAUUUUGAUCUUGCCGCCGCUCAAAAUAUGGCUGAUGUAUAUCAAGGUUUACUCGAAAAACUAGACCCAGAAGAGUGA